AUGAGCCCAAACCAGAGGGGCCUGGACGGCGGCCGAGUUGACACCGUUCGCUCUCUUCGAUUCGACGGCAAGAACGUUAUCGCCUACAAGGAAGGAUUGAAGGCGGCUUUGAUGGCUCGGAAAUGCUGGGAGAUUCUCAUCGGGAAACGAACCAAGCCCGAGCGUGAUGGAACUCCUGAGGCGGCAGCGCGUCGCAAGAAGUGGAAGCAAAGGGUGCUCAUGAUCAACGACAAUCUCACGAACACGCUGGACGACGGAACGCGCGUGCGUCUGGCACCCCGCAGGCCAAGUGGGGUGCUCUGGUGGAGGACUUCGAGAAGAAGUCGUUUGCUGUAG